AUGAUUAUCGAGAAAAUAAAGUUGUACGUACUCACUACAAUAUCAACUGUUUGGUGCAGUCAUAUAACAUUAGACAAGAAACUGUUUAUUCAUGAGGACGCAACACUAGACUUUUUUGGAUUAGCAAGCAAGUAUGGUCACCCACCUAUUCAGUACGAUGUCACUACUGAAGAUGGAUACAUCUUAACACUCUUCCGUAUUCCCGGAAAGAGCAGAAUACCUAUCCUUCUUAUGCAUGGUAUCCUUGACUCAGCAGAUACUUUUUUAUUGAGAGGAAAAGAUUCUAUGGGAAUAACUUUAGCCAAUUUAGGCUACGACCUAUGGAUCGGUAACUGCAGAGGAAACAGAUACUCACGGAGACAUGUUUAUUUUGAUCCUAGCAAGGACAGAACUUUCUGGGAUUUUAGUUUCCAUGAAAUGGGAUACUAUGAUCUUCCGGCUCUCAUAGAUAGGAUUUUAAACGAGACUGGAUCAUCAAGUCUUAUCGCCAUAGGCCACUCACAAGGGACUACGAUCUUCUACGUGCUAGGUUCUACAAGACCGGAGUACAACUCUAAAGUCAAUGUUAUGAUAUCGCUAGCUCCUGUCUGCUACCUGCAUAAUACAACUUCACCUUUGUUAAAACUAUUAAUAAAUACUCUUCCAUUGGUGAAUGACAUUUUAAAUAAUCUAAACAUUCAUCUGGACGAAUUCUUCGGAUAUAACAGUAAUGAAACAGCAUUUCUUAGAUCAUGGUGUCACCAUCCAUCGAUAGCGGACUUAUGUAUGACAGCAGGUUUUUUCCAAGUGUUAGGUUACGAUCCCAAGGAAUUUGAACUGGAAUUUUUUAAUGUAUUCAUUCAUCAUUUACCAUCUGGUACGUCUAUGAAGGACUUUCUACAUUACAUACAGGUUGAAAAUAGUAGACAGUUCCAAUGGUACAACUACGGAAGUGAUAAAAAUAUGAUAGUAUACAACUCCACAAUCCCUCCAGUGUACGAUUUAAGCAAAGUCACCAUGCCCGUGGCCUUGAUAGCAGCUAAAAAUGAUCCACUGUCCACUCUCGCCAAUGUUGACCUACUGCGACGUCGGCUGGCGAAUGUUGUGUAUUAUUUCGUUAAUCCAAGAAGGAGGUUCAAUCACGGAGAUCACAUUUGGGCGAGGAAUAUGAAAGUCAAUUCGAUACCAAACGUAAUGCGUGUUUUAUCAAAAUAUAAUUCACCUGAUAACGUAAAACAAUCAAGCACAACAGAUAAUAAGGAAAAAAUUUAA